CAUCUCAGCGCGCCCGGGGCAGGGAGGCGGCGGGCAUGGGGGCUUCGGCGUGGCGCUGGGUGCUGCGCGCCGCCCGCCUCUCCGGUGGCGGCGGGAGGGCGCCAACGGCGCCGCUGCACCGCCCAAGCUGUGGGCCUGCUGCUCGCGCCGCUCCGUUUGCCGACUCCGCGUCCUCAGGCUCCAGGGAUGAUGCUCUAAGGGACAAACGCAUCCAGAUCCUGUCCCGUGGGCUGCCAAAACAGAAGCCCAUAGAAGGAGUUAAGCAGGUGGUGGUCGUGGCUUCUGGAAAAGGGGGAGUUGGAAAAUCAACAACAGCAGUAAAUCUAGCCCUCGCCCUAGCAGCAAAUGAUUCGACAAAAGAAGUUGGUUUGCUUGAUGCAGACAUAUAUGGACCUUCAAUUCCAAAGAUGAUGAACUUAAAAGGAAACCCAGAAUUAACACCAAAAAAUCUUAUGAGGCCCCUUAAGAACUAUGGAAUCGCAUGCAUGUCUAUGGGUUUCUUGAUAGAAGAAAGUGCACCAGUCGUGUGGAGAGGACUCAUGGUAAUGUCAGCUGUUGAGAAAUUGUUGAGACAGGUUGACUGGGGUCAUCUGGACUAUUUAGUAAUUGACAUGCCACCUGGGACUGGAGAUGUACAACUGUCAGUCUCACAGAAUAUUCCAAUUGCAGGAGCUGUAAUCAUCUCUACUCCCCAAGAUGUGGCUUUAUUGGACGCACGCAAAGGAGCUGAAAUGUUUAGCAAAGUCCAUGUACCAGUUUUAGGACUGGUUCAAAAUAUGAGUGUUUUCCAAUGUCCAAAAUGUAAGCAUGAGACACACAUAUUUGGAGCUGAUGGUGUAAGAGAUCUAGCAAAAACCCUUGGAUUGGAUGUUUUAGGUGACGUUCCACUGCAUGUUAAUAUACGGGAGACAUCUGAUACAGGGCAGCCUGUUGUCAUCUCACAGCCUCAAAGUGAUGCAGCUAAAGCCUAUCUAAAGAUAGCUAUGGAAAUAGUAAGACGACUGCCAGUACCUGCUGCUUGAAGUGCUUAUUACUGAAACUUGCCAAAAAGUGAUCUUUUGGUGCAACCAAAGGAGAAGAGUCCUAAUACCUAGUUACCUGGAUGCAGUAUUUUAGUUCUUGGAACUUUUUUUAGGAGUUAAAUUAUGAUUGUGUUUUUCAAAGCAUCGUUUGGCCAUGAGCAUGCAGAAGAUGAUAGACAGUAUUUAACUGCUGGAUUGUAACAUCAUGAAGCAAGAAGGGAUGAAGUUCAUAUUUCACGUGCCCUGCUGGAAGAGCAAGAAUGAGAACGCUUCAGCCGAGCAAAAUGAUGAGAGGGAUGUCAAGGCACCCAUCCUGCUUGAAAAAUGGCAUUUGCUAUACUCCAAUUUCUGUCAAUUUUAGUUCAAGUUUUUACUUGGUUAACUGCCAAGCGGUCCUUAAUUCUGCAAGAUUUUAAGCAGCAAAUUCAGUUAUGUAACUGCAGUGCUUCUGUGUGUUCAUCUUAAAAGAAAAUUAAAACAAUACCCUGAGUUCUUGUGAUGGAUCAUGAGCAAAUUCAUUCCUUAUUGGAUAAUGUUCGAUCAUGAGGCAGUUCACAGUUUAGUGGAGCAUGGAUCAGAUGACCCUGGGGCUUAUUUCUUGACUGUUUUGCAUUAUAAUAGACCCAGAGAGAAGACUAGGUAAGCAAGUUCCUCACUGAAAACCAGAUGUGCCUGAGCACAGUUUACCAGGAGGUGUAGAUGAUCAAUAUAAGUUAAAUUUGUGAUUGCAUAUUCCUAUUACAGUGCAGCAACUUGAUAAUCUGAAUAUAAAGAAAUAUUUUCGAAGCCCAGAAAAAUGUGCACAUCAAACUCUGUGGCCUUCUGGUUUAUUUUUUCAUUGCCUGAUAUUUCUCUGAUCUUUAUUUUUUGUGUUGAUGUGUGGAAGUUGAAAAAUUCGCCUUCAGGGAAUGAGUUUCAUUUACAGUUAGAUGUUUGAGUUGACAUUUAGGCUUUUUUGUUUGCAUAAUCAAAUACAGGUAUUGUAAAAAUACAUCAUAACCAUACCAUACUGGGAAUUUAACAAUACUGCUGCUGACCUCUGUGGGACCAAUAUUUUCUCUGUAGUCCAAAUAAUUAUUCAUAAUUGUGGUGUGUUAGUUUGGCUGUUUUGUUGUUGAAGUGAUAUUCUUAAUCCAAAUGUAUACCUUCUUACAUUAUAGUUAUGUGAUGUGUACCCUGAAUUUAUAUGGGAAAGCUAGACGCAAAUGAUGGAUUGAAUGUCAAGCUUAGGUGAUUCUGUAAACAUAGAAAUUAUUUAGUCCAAAACUGGUGAUUCUUUGCUUCAAGUCAAUCUCUGAACCUCCUCACCCACAUCCAUCCCUGUGAGAUCUGAUGUCAGUGUCCAGCUUUCUCAGUGGCACGUUAUGCCAGGCCAGUGGAAUUGAGACAAAUCAUAGAAUUGUUAGGGUUGGAAGGCACCUCAAGGAUCAUCUAGUGCCAACCCCCCUGCCAUGGGCAGGGACACUUCACACUAGAUCAGGUUGCUCAGAGCCACAUCCAGCCUGGCCUUAAAAACCUGCAGGGAUGAGGCUUCUACCACCUCCCUGAGCAACCUGUUCCAGUGUCUCACCACCCUCAUGGGAAAGAA